GCGGUCGGCAAAAUCUAGUGGGUUCUACACGCUACCGAAUCAUUGGUCUCGAUUUUCUAUAAAUACAAACAAAACAGCCGCUGACUGGACGCUCUGUAUAUAGGAAAAGCGGUAUAGAAAAUGGAGCAGGUGAAGACCCCGUGGAUCGAGACGCCGUUGGUGCGCUCAGCAACGCUCUCUAAGACAGCGGGCUGCAAUGUCUUUUUGAAACUGGAAAACACACAGCCCUCUGGGUCCUUCAAAUCUCGCGGCGUCGGCUACUACAUGGUUAGCAAACUUGUUGCGCUGCGCAAAGAGACUGGCGACAACUCAGCAAAGCCGCACUUCUACAGCUCGUCUGGGGGCAAUGCUGGCCUUGGCUGUGUCCGUGGUGCUGUGACGCUAGAGUGCAAGGCAACGGUAGUUGUCCCUCUCUCUACGACCCCUUUCAUGAUUGGAAAGCUGCGAGAUGCGGGUGCGACAGAAGUCAUCCAGCAGGGUGCAUCGUGGCAAGAGGCUGACGAGUAUCUGCGAGAGACCCUUAUGGCAGAAGCCGCUGCAAAGGGUGAAUCUCCUGUAUACGUCCCUCCCUUUGAUGCACCUGAGAUUUGGCAAGGCAAUUCAGGCGUGACGCGAGAGAUUGUCAAGCAACUUCCCGAGGCAAUGAAACACUAUCCCGUCGCAACUGCGGACGGCAAGACGCCCGUUAUUGAUGCCGUAGUGUGCAGUGUUGGCGGUGGUGGUCUUUUUUGCGGUAUCAUGCAGGGAGUAGAAGAGCUGGCACUCGCAACGAAGGUCAUUGCUGUUGAGACACACGGCGCGGACUCGCUAUCACAGGCUGUAGCCAAAAAGGAGCUGAUUACACUGCCGGCCAUCACUAGUCUUGCGACCAGCUUGGGAGCCAGACGGGUAGCGAAACGAGCUUUUGAAUAUGGCCUGCAAGACAACGUUUCGACGGUGGUGGUAUCGGAUGCCGAUGCCAUCCGUGCCUGCAAGCGAUUUGCCGACGAGGAACACUAUUUGGUGGAAAUGGCUUGCGGUGUGUGCCCAGCCAUUUGCUACAAUGGUCAGCUGAAGACGCUAGUGCCAGGAUUUAAUGAAAACAGUGUGGUUGUGCUUGUUGUAUGCGGUGGAAGCAACAUGUCCUUUGAUAUCAUGGAGGACUACAUGGCCAAGUUGACGUAGACUCGAUAUUCGCAUAGAUUACUAGAAAUAGAAUAGAACUGCAAUGCAUG